CAAGUGUUUGUGCAAUAGUUUACAGUUUAGUGAUGCUUAAAACAAGUUUUGAAAAAUUAGCUCAGUGAGUUGUGUAGUGAUAGACUGAGUUUGUGUUUAUAUCAUUUGAUCUGCAAAUCUGCUGAAAAAUAAAGGAAAUAAGUAAAUUAGUUGAGAGUCUGAGGAUAAGAAGAAGUGAAGUUCAGUUGUUUUAGAGAGUAUAUAACAUUAGUAAAAAGUCUUUUAUUACAACGGAGAAAAAACAAUCGGUUCUAUUUGGGAAUGCGUCCUCGAUUGCCAUGAGAGACGCUGCCGAGGCAUUAACCCGUUGUCUCCUGACCUCUUCGUUAAUGCAUCCUGCGCGUUGCCGACAGCCCGUGUCAUCAAGAUCGGAAGACGGAGUCAGAAUAUGCGAUGAUUCGGACCUGACAUGCGCUCGAUGCUCCGGGGUCUUAGUCGAUGCUGUCACGGCUCAGUGUGGACACUCGUUUUGUCGCAGAUGUGUUGGCACUAAUACAUCAUCCCUACCUCUCAAAAACCAGCAAUGUCCCCGUUGUGGUAGCUUAUGUUCCGGUCUGGGCGACGACACAAAUGUCCUCGAACCGGACAUUCUAGUCCGCAGUCUGGUCGAACGAUUUUGGGGUCCAGAAAUCAGAGCAGCCAGCCUGGUUCCGGAAGUAGAACGUCAACUGGCCGCCGGAAACAAUGAACGAGCGCUCCGGCUGUGCGAUGAGGGAUUGCAGCAUGCCCCAGAAUAUUCACCAUUGCUUGCACAGAGGUCAUUGGUUUUUGCAAGGUUGGGUGAUUUCAGAAGAGCUCUUCAGGACGCAGACAACAUCGUCAGAUUGCGACCUACAUGGCCAGUGGGUUAUUAUCGACGUGGAAAUGCAUUGACCGGACUUGGUAUGGCAGAAGAUGCAUUAGUGGCGCAUUGUGUAGGAGCUUCCUUAGAUUCCGAUCCAUAUGUAUCUACAAGUGAAGCAUCUGAGUUACUCCAACGUUUGUUUUCGCCUGUAGUUCCAUUAUCAGCAUCACAGAACCACGACAGAUCGUCACUUGCAUCUCACAGGCGAUGUUCUCUGCGCAGUGCAGUUGCAAGUAGUUUUCGAAAAAAAUUAGGUUACUCCGGAAUUGGGAAUGUAGGACAAUUGGGACCAUUGAGGGGGUUGAUAAUUCGUCUGAGACAAGAACUGGAUAAGUGUAAACGACUUUCUCCUAAACCUCUUCUAAAAGUAAAUGAUCCACAAUUAAUCGAACAAUCAGAUUUCGAUUGCGUCCUCUGUUGCAGGACAUUGCUAAAUCCAGCAGUUACACCAUGCGGACAUACCUACUGUCGCACAUGUCUCGAACGAUGUCUAGAUUAUAGUCCUGCUUGCCCUCUGUGCAUGCGACCUUUAUCAGAUUAUUUAUCUCUGGGCCACAGACCAUCUACUAAGUUUCUAGAAGCAGCAAUGAGACAAUUAAUUCCACAUCAAUAUUUUGCCAGGAGAAUGGAAGAAGAAUCACAGAACGAAGCUAGGUUACCGGUAUUUGUUUGCACUACAGCGUAUCCUACAGUUCCUUGUCCUCUAUUUGUGUCAGAACCUAGAUAUAGGCUAAUGGUAAGGAGAUGCAUCGAGUCUGGUAGUAGGCGAUUUGGCAUAGCCUCUUGUUUAGAUGACCCGCGAUUGGGUUCCAGGUCUAAAUUGGCAGAUUUUGGUACCUUACUUGAAGUUAGGGAUCACGUACUGUUGAGUAAUGGUAGCAGUAUAUUGACAGCCGUUGGUUCAAAACGAUUUCGAAUAGUAGAACGAGAUGAAAAAGAUGGCUACGAUUUAGCAAGAGUAGAAUUUAUUAAAGACGAACCAGUAACAAAGAAAAAGGAAUUAAGACAUUUACAUGACAGAGUACGCGAAGAAGCUAUGAGAUGGUUUAGACAGAUGGCUAAAAACCUAAGAGCCGAAAUUCGAAGGAGUUUUGGUGAGAUACCAGAUGUAGAAGAAGAUUGGAUGACGUUAUCAGAUGGUCCAGCAUGGGCUUGGUGGAUUUUAGCUAUCUUGCCUUUGGGUCCUCAAUUGCAAGUCGGAGUUUUAUCUGCUACUAGUUUAGAAAAACGAUUAAGGGCUAUAGAUAAAACGUUGGAAUACAUCAGAAGUCCGAGGAGAUCUGUUGAAACUAAGAGAGUUGGAGAAACAGGCGCUGAUGCAAGAGACGUUGUUGUGGCAAAUGCUGGUGGUGAUAUUUGGCAAACAAGUCCAACUGCUAGUUGCCAAACAGCAACAGAAACAGAUUUGACAUCUAUGGAUCUUUAAGAGUAAUAUUAUUAUGUUAUAAGAUCUAGGAGGAUAAUGUUAGUGGAAUUCAUUUAUUUAAAAACAAUGCAAUCAAUAAUACAUAAAGAUCUUUAAUAAACUUUUAUAGCGGCAAUUCAUAUAUUUGCUGUUUU